CGCAUUCAUGAGGCGGGUCGGCGGCCGAACUAAACGGUUUCAUUGGACUCCGCUCUCUUUUAAGACCGUCUGUUCGUACUUGGUUGGUCCAUCGCCAGGAAGCAGUUGUUCCCGGCUGAAGCCGUCGUCGUCGCCCUCGGUGCUCUCCACUUUAUUCCCACCGCGGAGAGUGUGCGGCUCCGCUCACAGAGCAAUGCGAUGAUAAAAACCGCAUAUGCGGUAAGGCUACACACCUACCAGGCAGCGAAAUAUCCACGAAACAACCUCCGUCUGUUUUCUCCUCAUACCGCAGCCUUAUCAACUAACCACAUCGCAAUCUGAAGUGCCAGCAGUACCAUGUCCAGGCCUACGGGGGGCGUCGCCAACGAUGUCACCCGCUUCCUGUCGUCGGGCGUGGGGGCAAGCUCUCCCACCAGCAGCUCCCCGGUGUUCUCUGCCGCCAGCCAGGCCGACUGGGCUGCCAAGAGGCUGGUGUGGGUGCCGUCGGAGAAGCAUGGUUUCGAGUCGGCCAGCAUCAGGGAAGAGCGUGGCGAUGAGGUGGACGUGGAGCUCACAGACAGCCAGCGGAAGUUGACCCUGCACAGGGAGGAAGUGCAGCGGAUGAACCCGCCGCGCUUCAGUAAAGUGGAGGACAUGGCCGACCUGACCUGCCUCAACGAGGCCUCUGUGCUGCACAACCUCAGAGAAAGAUACUACUCUGGCCUGAUCUAUACAUAUUCAGGGCUGUUCUGUGUGGUGGUGAACCCCUACAAAAACCUGCCCAUCUACACAGAGUCCAUUGUGGAGAUGUAUCGGGGCAAAAAGAGGCAUGAGAUGCCCCCGCACAUCUACGCCAUAUCAGAGGCGGCCUAUCGCAGCAUGCUGCAAGACAGAGAAGAUCAGUCAAUCCUGUGCACAGGCGAAUCUGGAGCUGGGAAAACAGAGAACACCAAGAAAGUCAUCCAGUAUUUGGCUCACGUUGCCUCGUCUCAUAAAGGUGGCACUUUGGGUAGAAACAAGGAAGCUGUACAGAUAGAUGGGUCUCGGUCCCUAACGAGAGGCAGCACUCUGGUGAACAGGAGUUUACAAUAUGGUGAGCUGGAGAGACAGCUGCUGCAGGCCAACCCCAUACUGGAGGCCUUCGGAAACGCCAAGACUGUUAAGAAUGACAACUCCUCUAGAUUUGGUAAAUUCAUCCGCAUUAAUUUCGACGUGGCGGGAUACAUUGUCGGUGCCAACAUUGAAACCUACCUCCUUGAAAAGUCACGGGCUACUCGUCAGGCCAAGGAUGAGAGAACCUUUCAUAUAUUUUACCAGGUGUUAUGUGGAGCUUCUGAGGAAAUGAGAGCGGAUUUGCUCCUUGGAAGUGCAGAUGAAUAUCGUUUCCUAAGUGGAGGCUCCAUCCCUGUUCCUGGUCAGAGCGACUCAGAGAAUUUCACGCAGACCAUGGACUCUGUGGCAAUAAUGGGCUUCACCCCCGAGGAGUCAGUGUCCAUGCUGAAGGUGAUCUCUGCUGUGCUCCAGUUUGGAAACAUAUCCUUCAUGAAGGAGAAGAACCACGACCAGGCCUCUAUGCCCGACAACACGGCUGCUCAGAAGCUGUGCCAUCUGCUGGGCAUCAACGUGCUGGAGUUCACCCGUGCCAUUCUCACACCUAGGAUCAAAGUGGGGAGAGAAUACGUGCAAAAAGCUCAGACAAAAGAACAGGCUGACUUUGCCAUUGAGGCUUUGGCGAAGACAACAUAUGAACGUCUGUUCAGGUGGCUGGUCCACAGGAUUAACAGAGCCCUGGACCGCAGGCAGAGACAAGGAGCAUCCUUCAUUGGCAUCCUUGAUAUAGCUGGAUUUGAGAUCUUCCAGCUAAACUCUUUUGAGCAGCUUUGCAUCAACUACACCAACGAGAAGUUGCAGCAGCUCUUCAACCACACCAUGUUCAUCCUGGAGCAGGAGGAGUACCAGAGAGAGGGCAUCGAGUGGAACUUCAUUGACUUCGGCCUCGACCUACAACCCUGCAUUGACCUUAUUGAGAGACCUGCUCAGCCACCUGGUAUUCUGGCCCUGCUGGACGAAGAGUGCUGGUUCCCUCGGGCCACUGACCGCACAUUUGUGGAGAAGAUCAGUUCUGAACAAGGCAGCCAUUCAAAGUUCUACAAAUCAAAGCAGCCACGUGGAGAAGCUGACUUCUCCAUAAUCCACUACGCCGGAAAGGUGGACUACAAGGCAAAUGACUGGUUAGUGAAGAACAUGGAUCCUCUCAAUGACAACGUGGCGUCUCUUCUCCAUCAGUCGUCUGAUCAUUUCGUGUCUGAACUCUGGAAGGAGGAUAUUCAAACUCUUCCUCGUGUGUACUUCUUUGACUCCUAUGCCACUCUGCAGACUAAUGGCUCCGACAUUGACAGGAUUGUGAGUCUGGACCAGGUGUCAACAGGAGAGAGCAGCGGUCCGGUUCCGUUUGGAACGGCAGGGCUGAAGACAAAGAAAGGAAUGUUUCGGACUGUUGGUCAGCUCUACAAAGAGUCCCUCACGAAGCUGAUGGCUACGCUCAGGAACACCAACCCCAACUUCUUGCGAUGCAUUAUCCCCAACCACGAGAAGAGGGCUGGUAAACUGGCACCGAACCUUGUUUUAGACCAGCUGAGGUGUAACGGUGUUCUGGAGGGAAUCCGUAUCUGCAGACAGGGAUUCCCUAACCGCAUCCCAUUCCAGGAGUUCAGACAGAGAUACGAGAUUCUUACUCCCAAUGCUAUACCUCGCACCUUUAUGGAUGGAAAACAAGCAUCAGAGCUCAUGAUAAAUGCAUUGGAGCUGGAUCCCAACCUGUACAGGGUGGGUCAGAGUAAGGUCUUCUUCAGAGCCGGAGUCCUAGCUCAUCUGGAAGAAGAGAGAGACCUGAAGAUCACAGACACCAUCAUACGCUUCCAGAGCGCCUCCAGAGGUUUCCUAGCACGCAGGGCCUUUAUGAAGAAGCAGCAGCAGCUGAGUGCUCUGAGGGUAAUGCAGAGGAACUGUGCUGCUUACCUUAAACUCAGGAACUGGCAGUGGUGGCGACUGUUUACAAAGGUGAAGCCCUUGCUGCAGGUGACCCGGCAGGAUGAGGAGAUCCAGGCCAGAGAGACGGAACUCCACAAAGCCAAAGAGAACCUCACACGAGUGGAGCAGGAAUACUCUGAGCUGGACAGGAAGCACGCUCAGCUAAUAGAAGAAAAGGCUGUGCUGACCGACCAGCUGCAAGCGGAGGCAGAGCUGUUUGCAGAGGCGGAGGAGAUGCGGGCCCGGUUAGCCAGCCGAAAGCAGGAGCUGGAGGAGGUUCUGGGCGAGAUGGAGAGCCGACUGGUGGAGGAGGAGGAGAGAGGCGCACAGAUAGCCAAUGAGAAGAAGAGAAUGCAUCAGAAUAUACAGGACCUGGAGGAGCAGCUGGAGGAGGAGGAAAGUGCCAAACAGCGCCUGCUACUGGAAAAAGUUACCUUGGAGACCAAAGUGAAGAGUCUGGAGACAGACCUCCUGACUGCCGUGGAGCAGAGAGACCGACUCAGCAAGGAGAAAAAGCUGCUGGAGGAACAUCUGAAUGAGGUGACUGACCAGCUCACUGAGGAGGAGGAGAAGACUAAAAGCCUGAACAAACUUAAGAACAAGCAGGAGGCCGUCAUUGCUGAUCUCGAAGAACGUCUAAAACGUGAAGAGCAGGGUCGCUUGGAGCAGGAGAAGUGGAAGAGGAGGAUGGAGACCGACUCACUGGAGGCCCAGGAGCAGUUGUCAGACUUGGGCAUGCUGACCGCCGAGCUCAGAGGGACUCUGACACAGAAGGAAAAGGAGAUAACCACUUUGCAGGGCCGGUUGGAGGAAGAAGGUGCACGCCGCACUGAAGCUCAGAGAGCUCUGAGGGAGGCCUUGUCCCAAGUGUCUGAGCUGAAGGAGGAGGUGGAGAAUGAACGAGGGAUGAGGGAAAGGGCAGAGAAACAGAGGCGAGACCUGGGGGAGGAGCUGGAAGCUUUGAGAACUGAGCUGGAGGACACUCUGGACACCACGGCUGCACAGCAAGAGCUAAGAUCUCGGCGGGAGGCAGAGCUAAACGAGCUGCAGCGAUGUGUUGAAGACGAGACCCGUCGCCAUGAGGCCCAGCUGUCAGAGCUCAGAAUCAAACACAGCGCUGUCAUAGACAACCUCCAGGAGCAGCUGGACAACAGCAAGAGGGCACGUCAGUCCCUGGAGAAGGCCAAAGCCGUGCUGGAGGAGGAGAGGCAGAACUUGACAGAGGAAAUCAAGAACCUCCAGACGAGCCGUUCAGAGAGUGAGAGGGGCCGUAAGAGGGCCGAGGGUCAGCUGCAGGAGCUCAGCGCCCGCCUGGCUCAGGCCGACAGGGAGCGAGAGGACAGGGAGGAGCGGCUGCACAAGCUGCAGUGUGAGAUUGAAGGGCUGUCCGGCAAUGUGUCGGCCUCUGACUCCAAAUCUCUUCGGCUCGCUAAAGAAGUGACCAGCCUGGAGAGUCAGCUGCACGAUGCAAAGGAGCUGCUGCAAGAUGAGACCCGUCAGAAGAUGGCUUUGGCCUCCAGGGUGCGAGCUCUGGAGGAGGAGAAGAACGGACUGAUGGAAAGACUCGAGGAAGAGGAAGAAAGAGCCAAAGAGCUGAGCCGCCAGAUACAAACACACACCCAACAGCUUGCAGAGCUCCGUAAGCAGUCUGAGGAGGUGAGCACUGCUGUGGAAGCUGGAGAGGAGACACGCAGGAAGCUCCAACGAGAGCUGGAUAGCGCACUCCAAAAAGAGCGACAGAAGGAGGAGGAGAAGGAGCGAGUUGAGAGGCAAAGGGAGCGCCUGAGGGAGGAACUGGAAGACAUGACCAUCGGUCUGCAGAGAGAAAGGCAGAACUGCACAGCCCUCGAAAAGAGGCAGAAGAAAUUUGACCAGUGCCUGGCAGAGGAGAAGGCAGUGAGCGCUCGCCUGGCAGAAGAGAGGGACAGAGCAGAAGCAGACAGCCGAGAGAAGGAAACAAAAUGUCUCUUCCUCUCCCGAUCUCUGCAGGAGGUGCAGGACCAAAGAGACGAGCUGGAGAGGGCCAACAAGCAGCUCCGCCUGGAGAUGGAGCAGCUCGUAAACCAACAGGAUGACGUCGGCAAAAACGUUCAUGAGCUCGAGCGGACUAAGAGAAGUUUGGAAACAGAAGUUCAGAACCUACGAACUCAGACACAGGAUCUGGAGGAGGAGCUGAACGAGGCAGAGAACUUGAGGCUGAGACUGGAGGUCAACCUGCAGGCACUUAAGGCUCAGUUUGAAAGGGAGAUAAGCAACAACGAGGAGAAGGGAGAGGAGAAGAGGAGGGCGCUCAGCAAGCAGGUAAAAGAACUGGAGAUCCACUUGGAAGAAGAGAGGACUCAGCGCUCUCAGGCUGUGUCGGCCAAGAAGCAGCUGGAGGCUGAGCUGCAAGAAGCCGAGGCCCAAUUGGAGGCAGCCAGUCGUGGCAAAGAGGAUUCUGUCAAGCAGCUCCGCAGGCUCCAGGGCCAAAUGAAGGAGAUUCUUCGCGAGCUAGAUGAGACCAAGUUAUCUCGAGAUGAGGUGAUAACACAGUCGAAAGAGAGUGAGAAGAAAAUACAAACACUGGAAGCAGAGGUGCUGCAUCUCACAGAGGAGCUGUCUGUAUCAGACAGACAAAAGAGACAGGCGCAGCAGGAGAGAGAUGAGAUGUCUGAAGAGAUGGUCAACAGCAGCUCUGGAAAGAACGUGCUGUUUGACGAAAAGAGGAGAUUAGAUGCUCGAGUCAGUCAGCUGGAAGAGGAGCUGGAAGAGGAGCAGACAAACGCUGAACUGCUGGCAGAAAGGCAAAGGAAGACAGCUCUGCAGGUAGAGACUCUGACUGUGCAGCUUCAGGGGGAGAGGACUCUGGCCCAGAAGGCUGAGGUGUCCCGAGAGCAGCUGGAGAGGCAGAACAAGGAGCUGAAGACCCGUCUGGAGGAGCUGGAGGGAGCAGUGAGGGGUAAACACAAGCUCAGCGUCGCCGCCUUGGAGGCAAAGAUCGAGUCUAUGGAGGAGCAGCUGGAACAAGAGAGACAGGAGAGAGCCAUUGCCAACAAACUGGCGCGGAAGACGGAGAAGAAGCUAAAGGAGGCGAUGAUGCAAUCAGAGGACGAGAGGAGACAUGCAGACCAGUACAGAGAACAGCUGGAUAAGUCAAUGGUUCGACUGAAGCAGCUGAAGAGGCAGCUGGAGGAGGUAGAGGAGGAGAACUCUCGCUCCAACGCUCAAAAGAGGAAGCUGCAGAGGGAACUGGAGGAGCUCAGCGACAGCAGUCAGACCAUGACGCGGGAGAUCUCCUCGCUCCGCACCCAGCUCAGGCGUGCUCCUUUGCCGCUGUCGAUGCGAGGACGUCGAGCGUUGGUGGACGACCUCUCGCUAGAGAACUCCGACUCGGAGGAGCUCCCUGCUUCCCCGACCCCCACCUCCGGACUCCCACAGAGCCUGACUCCCUUCUCAGAGCAAAGCCUGGACCCACCUCCACCAUACAGCGUCAAUAACACGGAGUGACGCACACCGUGACUCAGACGCAGCCUCGAACACUCAGGGGUGGAGGAGUGGCGCGCACAUAACAGCUCUAGUUUUAAAUUAAGGUCAUACAGGACAGAUGCAAAUAGGUGCUAUAACGAUGUGUUGAUUCUCUGAUUUCUUUCUCAGCUAAUUCAGAAAACAUGAAAAUUGAUUUGUUUUUUUAAUGUAAGAUAACUCAGACUGGCAAUUUCUAUAUUACACUUCACUAAUGCUAACUAAGAAAGUGAAAAACUCCAGAUUUUAAAGUGAAAAUAAGUUAUUAUCUGAUAUUUCAUAGUAGUUUCAGUACAUAGAGAGCAGACUAAAUUAAGGUGGUCAUGUCUUUUCCAUGAGAAGGUGUUUCCAAGCCAUGUGGGGAUUGAAUAUAUGGACCUGAUCUGACAAAGUGCUGCUCAAACUGAAAAACAACUUUCUAGUGUGACGCAACAUAGCCAUCAAGAAAAAGAUAAACCACUUUUAAAGACCUAAAAAGGUUAGAAAAUUAUAUGGUCCACAACGAUUUGAUCAAACAAAAGUAAUCCACAAAAAAAGUAGGAUGCAUCCGAGUUUUCAUAUCAUCAGGCAUGAUUAGGGUGAUUCUGCUCUUUAGAUUAGAAAGUGUGUGUGGGACAUAGCAGAGGGUCUGGAAUAGUUUCUUUAACUUAAGUCUUAACCUAUUGCUUCAGAAACAUCCGCAAUUUAUAUCUAACAUGGAUUUAUGCUGCUUGGGGCUCAGUCUUGUGUGAGUCUGGUUGUUUCUACGCCUCCAGGAUCCCAGAGGUACAUUUGCAUGGGAGAUUAGAAAAAACUGAAAACUGAACCAGAAACACCAUGUGAAGAACCAUGUUAAAUCAUCUUUUUAUUUUUAUCCGAAGCGGCACAUUUGUUUUCUUGCGCUGACUUUUUUUUGUGACACAGUACUUCUGAUUUGACUGCACUGAUGACGAGCUGUGUAAAGUAUCGAUUGAAGCAAAGCUUUUUGUGUUUAACCAAACGGUGGGCGUAUGGAUGAGAAAAGGGACUUUGGUUUGUAGUAAACGUAGAGUAGCAUCAGAACAAAGUAGAUGAGCGCAGCAUGGUCCGGGGGGAGGGGGCAGCUUGUUGGGUUUUGUAUAAUGAAUAAACGAAGUCUCUGCUCACUGCUAGGUUAACCGUAGAGUUUUCAUAUGCUAGUAGUGUUAGGUUUAAAGAAAAUCACAACGGUGGGACUGAUGGGUGGAUUUUUAUUAAGCUGUUUUUUUACUUUAGCUACUGAGAUCAAAAUGACAUCUCUGUGGGUUGAUGGCCCUGCUGUGAAACAUAGUUUGAAACUCCUCAGAUUGUUUCCAUGUAUUUUUUUUUAACUAAACGAGGGUCUUCUUUAUUUUGACCUUGUACUGCACUGAUAGAGGUUUCAGCCUGUAACCCAUAUGUGAAACGAGCUGAUUUGCUAACUGGUAGAUUCCCCUGUAAGGAUAGUUAGACUUUAAUGGGAUAAAAUUGUAUCUGGGUCAGUUUGCCUCUUUGCCAGUACGUACCCUCAUGUUGUUCCUCGCUUGUUGACGUUAAAUACACAUCUGUAGUGCCCUGAACAAAAAUUUGCUCCCUUACAGAUUUCUUCUUGUUUUUGCUUUUUUGUCCCACUUUAAUAUCGCUGAUCAUCAAACUAAUGUUUAUGUCAAAUUAACCCUAUUAAAUAAAAUAGCAGUUUACAAAUUACUACAUUAAAUAAAUGAAAAAAGCCUUAAACACCAACCUAGCCCUGCAUGACAAAACAAUUAUCCCCCUUUUAGAGCUGCACUCUAUAUUGGAUGGUGGUAUCAUUGUGUGCAAUACUGCUAUCGCAAAGGACUGCAUACAUGCAACAUUUAUCAGGAUGUGAUAUUUCAUUUCUCGUGCAUUUAUGAUGUGCAUUUAGAUCAUAUAUUUGGCCAGUUGGAUGGACUUGGUGGUUGACUCCUGAUUUAAAGAGGUGAGCACAUUGUGCAAUGAUAAAGAAAAACAAUUCUGGACAUGAAUCAGUUUAAUUGACCUUGUUUUCCCAAUUUUCAGCAGUGGAAUUGCAAUUAAAUCUUUGUCCUGAAAUUGUGCUGCUCUAUCCCACUUUUUAAGUCUUGGAAGUAAGUUUAAUUAACCAUCUUUUUUGGGAAACAGAGAUUUUCCACUUUCCACACUGAGGCCUGAUUAGUGCUAGAUCUGUAAAAUCAAGAAAUCUCUUAAAUAGAACCCAUCAGGGGCGUUUUGCGGUGUACCAGUAAAGCAGGCGCCCCAUAUAAAGAGGCUAAAGUCCUCGGCGCAGCCGUCUUGGGUCCCAUUCCUGACCUUGAGACCUUUGCUGCAUGUCUUUCCUCCCCCCCUUCUCUCUUGGUCCAUUUUCUGUCUAAUAACUGUCUAAUAAAGGCCACUAGUGCCAAAAAAACAGAACCCAUCAGACAACACGAAGUGUGCUAAAAGAUCCCAAAAAGCAUCUGUAAGGGAGCAAAUACUUUUGCACUGAACAUAACCAUUGUGUAUCAGUGUAUUUAUUUUGAGAGUCAGAUAUUUUGAUGAAUUAAGUAGAAAAAAUAAUAAUAAACAUGGUGAACUGUUAAAUAUAAUUUAAUGAAGGCUCUGUUUCACGCCAUAUUUUCGUUUAAUUUGACUGUGAUUCCUGAUUCAAAACGUAUGGAGUGGUGAAGAAGCAAACUGACCAGCACUUAGAAAAAAAGGCAGAAGACUGAAAGUUGCAAUUUAAAACACAAUAUCCACGCUAAAUCUGGUUAAAAAGUAAACCAUAAAACCAAAAACCUGUAGACUUAUUGACAGGUUGCGAAUCAAAUGGAUGUUUUGGCCAGACGCAGUACAAAUAGAAAGUAUUAAUUUCCUGCUUAGCUCAGUGGGAACCAAUGAAAACUAAAGAUUGUGUUGCUGAAUGUUUACUCUUUUUUAGUUAAAUGACCAAUGUUUACCACUGAGAAAUCACAUGGCCUCUGCAGCAGUUUUUGGUAAUCAGGGUUGCUUCUCUUUAUUCUGUUGAGCAGGUGCAUGUAUUUCCAUAUUUUCACCCUGAUUCCCAGCAACAGGUAAAGUGGAAAUAAACUACUGAUUACAUGUGCAUAACAGCGCCUGCAAUUUUAAUUUCUCUUUUUUAAACGUGUAGAUCUUUACUUUAGCAAAAUGAAAGCUGUUAUUUUGUGUAAAAGCUGCACUUUACACACUACCAGUUGAGAUAAAAAUCAGCCCGGCACCAUCAGUUUUUCUGAUCUGCUCCGUUGGGCUGUUUGUCUCAAAAAAAAAGCCAACUAAGCGUGAAGCCAAACGAGCUGAGAUCACGUGUCACAGUGAUACAGUCUCUUUGAACGUCUGUUAUAACCUAAACGUCUCAUGUUAACCGGCCAGAGCGCGGAGACUUUGUUCAGACAGACCAAAAACCCAUGACGCAACGAUUGAAACGCUAAAAUGAGAUGAGUCCUGGUCAUGUAGCAAGAAAUGAGGCCGGAGCUUCUCUGAGGUGUUUCUGUUUUUCUGAGUGUUUGUUUAUGGCUACUGUGGAACAUUUUGGAAAUAUGUUUUUAUUGUUUUAGACCUUUUUUUUUGUUAAUGAUAUUGUAAUUAUUAAACAUCUGACUGGGGUUGACUUUAUUACAUGUGAACGUUUAUGAUC